AUGAUCGUCGCAAAAGUUGAUGAAGGCACUCAGGGGACUGUUUGUUACUUUGAUUGGUAUGGAACCUUCGAAGGAUCCUGGCCCAUUGAGAAUCACUACAUAACAGUGUACACAGCGUUUAGUUUUAUCCCUGCAGUCCUGUUGGUCAUUCUGUACUCCAUCAUCCUCAUCAAGCUUAAACUACAGGCGCCUCCAGGUGAAGAGUUGACCAACGCCACAAAACAGCGCGAAAGGAAAAACAGAAAUGUGUUAAGGAUGGCCAUUGCUAUCGUGCUAGCAUUUUUCUUUUGUACUGUACCCAUCACCACUACAAAUCUAAUCAUGGUACGUCAACCGGUGGAUAGUUCCAUUUGGUCCAGCUGUGGUUUCUGGUUAUUUGCUGAGCUCGCACACCUCAUUUUCAACGCAAACUGUGCUAUAAACCCUCUGAUUUGUCUCACUUUUAGCAAUAAUUAUCGUCAAGGUCUCAAGAGGCUUCUGAAAUGCUAA